UGUAAGUUGUCUAUGGUUAGUUCAACCGAAAAAAAGAAAGAAAGAAAUUCGAGGAGGAAACGGACGAUUAGUUUCGUGUUGUAGAAUAUUCUGUGUUAAAAAGAGGUUAAUGAAUCAGCAACGCUAAUAGUGCCGUUAAAACAUGUUUGAUUAGUUUUCUUCGUCAUUAUUUUAUGUUGAUCCUUUGUUUCAUUGUGUAAUUACCACGUUUGUAACGAGACUGCGAGCACAAAAAUAAAAUGGCGACUGAUCAAGUGAAGAACCGCAUGCAUGUUUUCAAGAACACUGGCAAAGAUGUCGACGAAAUGCGCAGGCGGAGGAAUGAAGUUACAGUAGAACUGAGAAAAAAUAAAAGGGAAGAAACACUUCAGAAACGUCGUAAUGUGCCUAUCAGCUACUCAACAGACGAGGAUGAGAUCGAGAGGACCCUGGCGUCCACGGACCUCAAGGAGCUGGUGAUGAACGCAGCCAACGGGGACAACCCUGACGUACAGCUCGCCGCCGUGCAGCAGUGCAGGAAGCUGCUGUCGUCAGACAAGAACCCGCCCAUCGACGACCUCAUCGCCACCGGCAUCCUCCCCAUUCUCGUGCAGUGCCUGUCCCGGGCCGACAAUCCCACAUUACAGUUUGAAACCGCUUGGGCCUUAACAAAUAUCGCAUCUGGCACCUCCGCACAGACAAACAAGGUUGUUCACGCUGGUGCUGUCCCUGUCUUCCUGCAGCUACUCAUGUCUCCACACGAGAAUGUGUGUGAGCAAGCCGUCUGGGCACUGGGUAACAUCAUUGGAGAUGGCCCUGUGCUGCGAGACUUUGUCAUUGAACUGGGAGUAGUGAAGCCACUGCUGAGCUUCAUCAAGCCAGAUAUCCCCAUCUCCUUCCUCCGCAACGUGACCUGGGUCAUUGUCAACUUGUGCAGGAGUAAGGAUCCUCCACCACCAGUCAAGACUAUCCAAGAAAUUCUUCCAGCCCUCAAUGUUCUUAUCACGCACAAUGACAACAAUAUUCUAGUAGACACAGUUUGGGCAAUCAGCUAUUUAACAGACGGUGGCAAUGAACAGAUCCAAAUGGUGAUAGAAUCGGGAAUAGUUCCAAAGCUGAUCCCGUUGUUGUCACACAAGGAGGUGAAGGUUCAGACAGCGGCCCUGAGAGCCGUGGGUAACAUUGUGACCGGCACAGACGAGCAAACACAAGUGGUCCUCAACUGCGACGCGCUGUCGCACUUCCCUGCAUUACUGUCACACCAGAAAGAGAAGAUCUGCAAAGAGGCCGUAUGGUUCUUGUCAAACAUCACAGCGGGCAACAAGCAGCAGGUGCAGGCGGUGAUUGACGCGGGCUUGCUGCCCAAGAUCGUGGAGAACCUCACCAAGGGAGAGUUCCAGACACAGAAGGAGGCGGCGUGGGCGGUCUCCAACCUCAGCAUCAGCGGCACCAAGGAGCAGGUGGCCGCCCUCAUCAACUGCGGCGUCAUCCCGCCCUUCUGCAAGCUGCUCAGUUGCAAAGAUACUCAAGUUAUCAAUGUUGUGCUCGACGGUUUAAGCAACAUGUUGAAGAUGGCAGGCGAGAACGCCGACCAGGUCGCGAACAUGAUUGAGGAGUGCGGAGGCAUCGACAAGAUCGAAGCCCUGCAGAGUCACGAGAAGGUGGAAAUAUACAAAAUGGCCUAUGACAUCAUUGAGCAAUACUUCGCAGGAGAGGAGGAGGACGCGACGCUGGUGCCGACGGCGGCGGAGUCGGGCUUCCACUUCGACGCGGCGGCCGCCGGCCCGCACGAGGGCUUCCGCUUCUAGUGGCGGCCGCCGCCCGCCGCUACCGGGCAGCCGCCGCCGCCCGCGCCGCCAGGCCCGCCGGGCCCGCGGGCCUGGGGGCCCGGGCGCCGCGGCGGGCCCGCCCGGCGGGCGCGGGCCCCGCUCGCCCCGCGCUGCGCGGCCCUGGUGCUGGCGCAUUGCGGACGUGACGUCGGUGCUGCGGCUUCCUUGUGAUACAGCUCCAAUGUGAUGUUUGAAAAUUUCAUCUUGUUUUUCGAUUUCGUAUGUACCGAAUAACGGACGAUGGACACGAAGUGGAUAGCUUUAAUGUUAAGUGCCGCGUACGCGACGUAUGCGUUUAGUGUAAUCUGCUUACCGAUUGAAUUGAUGCUUUUGAUAUAACAUAGUAUUUAUGUUUCGAUUUUAACUCAGAAAGUACGGUAAUAAUUGCAGUCUCUGAUUCCGGGACCGGACCUUCCGUGUCCCGAAUGAAAUUAUGUUAACUUCAGCCCAUUUGUAAUGUAUCUAUAUACCAAUAAAUUCUGUCCAAUAUAAUAA